CGAAUAGUAAUCGAUAUUUGUUCCAGCCCAAUUCGGCUCUCCUAGUAAACAUAUAAUUUAACGAAACGGAAUAAAUAUAUAAAUAAAUAUGAGUGGAGCUCACAGAGAGGCGAUUCAAAAGCAGAUCCACCAGGACUGGGCGAACAGGGAAUACAUCGAAGUGAUAACGGCCAGCAUAAAGCGAAUUACCGACUUUCUGAACUCUUUCGAUAUGUCCUGUCGCUCCCGUCUGGCGGUUCUAAAUGAAAAACUAACGAUCCUUGAGCGACGCAUAGACUAUUUGGAGGCCUGUGUCGCCCAAGGGGAAACCCUAACGUAAAUGCUGCCCCACAAUUUUACACUAAGCUUUGUACAUUUAUAAGAUAAUUAAAAAAUACUGAUAUAAUA